AUAUAUUACAUUUCAUACUCAUUUUUUUCUCUCUCUUUUUUCCAUUUUUUGGAUACUCUUUAUCUUAAGAUUAUAAGCUACUGUAACACUAUGAGUUUUGAGAAUUCACCAGCCCAUAAUGAAUUUAGAAGUGAUACGUUCACCACCCCUACAACUUCCAUGGUUGCAGCUAUGAGCUCGGCAACUCUUGGUGAUUCCGUUUAUAAUGAAGAUCCCACUACAAUUGCACUUGAACAAAAAGUUGCCAAGAUUGCUGGUAAACCAGCUGCCCUUUAUUGUGUAAGUGGGACACUUUCUAAUCAAAUCGCUUUAAGAAGUCACCUUUUCCAGCCUCCUCAUAGUGUAAUGUGUGACUAUAGAUCACAUGUAUACGUCCACGAAGCUGGAGGUUUACCAACUUUAUCCCAAGCAAUGGUACAAACGAUAAUUCCCAAAAAUGGAAUUCAUCUUACUCUUGAAGAUGAUAUUCUUCCUAAUUUUGUUCCAGAUGAUGGUGAAAUUCAUGGUGCCCCAACAAAAGUGAUUUCUUUGGAGAACACUUUACAUGGUAUGAUUUUCCCAUUGGACGAAAUUAAGAAAAUUUCUGCAUUUUGUAAGCAAAAUGAUGUUAAACUUCAUUUAGAUGGGGCAAGAUUAUGGAAUGCAUCAGCUGAAACUGGUAUUCCAAUUUCGGAAUAUGGUGAAUAUUUUGAUUCUAUGUCUCUUUGUCUUUCUAAGACUUUAGGUGCACCAAUUGGUUCAGUCCUUGUAGGAGAGAAAAAAUUCAUUUUAAAGGCAAAUCAUUUCAAAAAGCAAAAUGGUGGUGGUAUUAGACAAGCAGGCUUGAUCACCAGUAUGGCAAGUGUGGCAAUUGAUGAAACAUUCCCAAAAUUGAAACAAACACAUGUUUGGGCUAAAGAAUUAGGGAAACUUUGUGAAGAGAAAGGAAUUGCAUUAGAACAUCCAGUUCAUACAAACUUUGUGUUUUUGGAUCUUCCAAAGAAUAAGAUGGAUCCUGAUUUAUUAGACAAACUUGCUAAAGAGGCAGGGAUUAAAUUAGGUGGUAGUAGAAUUGCUUAUCAUUAUCAGCAAUCAGAAGCUAGUAGAGAAAAGGUUAAGGAAAUUGUACUUGCAGUAUAUGAAAGUGCACUUGUAAAACCAUAUGAAGGCUCUAACUAUCAUAAGUUCUAUAAUGUCACUGCUGAGAAUGAAAAGUAGGAAUUAUAAAGGAAAUAGAGAACAAUAUAAUAGAGAGAUCACUAUAUAGUCCUUUGUAUGAUAGAUA